UUUGCAUUAUUUUAUUUAUAUAUUUUAUGUCGGACAGUUCAACAACAACAACAAAUGACUCUCCUAUAAAAAUUCGUGAUGCUUCUUUAUCUUCAUCGCGUGGUGGACACAAAGGGGGUUAUAGACCUAAGAAGAAUUUGCAGCAACAAAUUGGGUUAUUAGAAGGAGAAAUAAAUAAAGACAAUGAAGUGGAUCUCAAAGUUUCUGACAUUAAAGAGGACAAUAAUGAUGGGGCUAUUUUGGCUGGAGAAAUUGAGAAGGUGGAGAUUGCUGAUGACAAUGUUGUUAUGUACCAAAAAAGUGAUGAAGAUGAUGAAAGUAGUGACAGCAGUGGAGUUGAUUUGACUUUGGAGAGGGAUCCGAAAAGAUGCGAUUUUUGUGGAGAUUUGACUCAUAAAAGUCGUUAUUGUUCUGUUUUGGGUCAACGGUCUGAAGUUGGUGGAAGUGGAGGAGGAGGGGGAAGUAAUCCUCCUUCAAUUGGUGGUGUUCGGACAUGUUUUCAUUGUUUCGAAGAGGGGCAUAUUCGAGUGGAUUGUCCUAAACGAAAAGUAACAACCUGUUUUUACUGCAAUAAACAAGGACAUCUUAGAGCUGAUUGCCCCAAAAGGGCUAAUUUGGAGACUAAAAAGCGGGAAAGAGUUACCUACACUUUCCGCAAACCUUCCAGCAAAAAAGAAGAGAAAGACGACACAUCUCCACCAAUUAAGGAUGUUUAUGAAAUUCCUUCUAGUGGUUGUGAAGACAAUUCUGACAUAAAAAGCAUUAAAGGUGAAGAGAAAUCUCAACAUCACAUUUUUGUGCCUCUCCCUGUUCCUGCGUCGCAAGUUAGAGCGCCGGUUAUGCUUCGAAGUAAACUUUUAUCUUCUGACAGUGAACCUUCAAUUUCUCAUAAAAUUUUGCGUUCUGAAAGUUCUGAGGAGGAAGAUGAUAUGGAAUCUUGUCAUGAAAGUGAUGAUAAUGGUGAAAAUGAUGGAGAAGGAGGAACAAAUAUUUUGAAUAAAGAAAAUUCUUUGGAGGAAACAAAAAAGAAAGUUUUGGAUAUUCAAAGUAGAAUUACUCUUCAACCAGCAAUUGUUAAUGACAAAAAUGAAAAUAAUUUGGGUGAAGAAGAUGAACUUCAAACUAUUUCUGUUGAGGUUGAUGGAUGUGUUGAAUUUGACACAGAUGAUGAUUCAAGUUAUCAUGACUGUUCUGAAGGCGAAGAUAACGAGAACCGUUUAAAACGUAUAAUGGAAGAAGAUGAAUGUUAUGGAGAAGAUGGGGCUUUAAUUGAUGAAGGUUUAGAUUCGAAUAAUUGUAUUGAGGAGAAGAAAGAAGAAGACAAAGUGGAAGGGGGGAAAGGGAAAGUAACGGUUGAAGAGGAAGAAGAAAUUGAGGAUUCUUCAACAAUGACAAGUGAAGUAAUGACUGAAAUUGAAAAUGAAGAUAAAGAGCAACAGAAGACUUUGACUUGAAUAAAUUGAGACAAAAAAUUUUGUGGAGGGAAGAGAGGGGUAAUGAAGAAUUUUAAAGACAAAUGUGCCUAUAUACAAGUUUAUUUCUAUUUAAAAAAUAUAAAAAAUUUAUUUUUAUUUGUUAUAGCCUUUAAAUAUGCGCCUUUAAAAAGAUAGCGUUCAGUAAUUUUAUGCAUUUUUAAGUUUAAUUUUUUUGACUUCCAGAAAUAGGUUAAUAAAACGGGUCAAAACAACACUUCCAAGUUCGAAAAAUGAAGUGGUUUCUAAUUUGAUUUUUGGAGGGUUAAGUUUGUUAGAUUGUUCCGGUCCUUGGUUCAAUAUUUUUGCGACUAAAUUUUUAAAAAUCACUGAACGCUUC